AUGUCAAAAUUACCGUUGCUAACACAAACUUCAACACUAUUAACGUCUUCUGGUAUUAUACCACCAAACUACAUGAAUGGAUCAUUUGUAGCAGCUGCAGCUGUAUCAGCAGCGAUGAAUGCUGCUACCUGUCGACAAAUGAGGCAUUCGAUUUCAUCAGCAUCUAGCAGUUCAGCGCCGGUAAUAAACCGAGUCACAUCACUGUUGCCUGGUAGAUGUACAACAAAUUCACCGACACUUUUGUGUGCUGUUUGUGGUGAUAUAUCUAGUGGCAAGCAUUAUGGUAUCUUAGCGUGUAAUGGAUGUAGCGGUUUCUUUAAACGAAGCGUUCGUCGACGAAUAAUCUACCGGUGUCAAGCCGGUACCGGUUCUUGUGUUGUUGAUAAAACACAUCGAAAUCAAUGCCAAGCUUGUCGGUUACGUAAAUGUUUGAGUAAAGGAAUGAAUAAAGACGCUGUUCAAAAUGAACGUCAGCCACGAAGUACAGCAACAGUUCGAAUUAAUGAUGAAGCCAGCAGUAGCAGUACAUCUGAAGCCACAUUUUCUACUGAUCCAUUAACCAAAAAUCUUUCUGUAGAUUCAAAUUCUAUUGCAUUUAAAACCAAUUCGGAUCAGUCUUAUUGUCCAGAUGAAACUUCAACCAUAGAUGAUUUUGGUAGAAGUGAAUCGGUUUACGAAGUGGCUACAAAAGUACUGUACAUUGCUGUUAAAUGGGUCAAAAGUUUCUCAGCCCUAUCAACACUUCCAUUAGGUGACCAGCUUCUUUGCCUGGAAGAAGCCUGGUGUGAUUUGUUCCUUCUCAGCGUUAUUCAGUGGUCAUUGUCGUUGGAAAAGGGAUUUUUUAUUUUAACAGCAACAUUGUUUCCCAGUAAAGAACAGAUUCAAAAUUUGGAAGAUGUCUUCUAUCAAGUGAAAGCUCUAAAUAUCAGCCAAGAUGAGUUCAUUUGUUUGAAAACUCUGCUGCUACUCAAUCCAGAGCAUAAAUGA